AUGACAAAGAUCUACCAUCCUAAUAUUGAUAAGCUGGGAAGGAUCUGUCUCGAUAUUUUGAAAGUUUUAGACAAGUGGUCCCCUGCUUUGCAAAUUCGCACUGUUCUUUUGUCGAUUCAAGCACUGCUCUCUGCACCAAAUCCGGAGGUAGGUUUUUUCUUGAGUCGUAUACUAGUUUCAUCUGCUUAUAAAUUUUCCAAUGUUGUUGAAUCAAAGGAUCCGCUAGCUACUGAUGUCGCUGAGCAGUGGAAGACUAAUGAAACUGAAGCGAUUCGCACGGCAAGAGAGUGGACACUGCAGUAUGCUCGGGAGUAA